UGAGCGCGCACCUACGUCCUGUCGAUAGAGGGAGUGCGCAUCCUCCGGAGAGCUUGGAGAAGCGAGAGAACCCGGCUGCCGCUGCCGAGCUGCCGCUGCUGCUGAGGGGAAGCAGGAAAACAUCAUGAGCUCCAGGAAGGUAAUGGCCAUCCAGGCCCGAAAGAGGAGGCCGAAAGGGAAAAAAGAAAAGACAACCCAUCAUCGAAGGCCUGAGACCCAGCAGAAAGUCCCGUCGGCACCUCCUCCCCCACCACCCCCACCUCCCCCUCCUGAGCCAGUGCCCCCUCCGGAGCCAGAGGAGGAGAUCCUGGGCUCAGACGAUGAGGAACAGGAGGACCCCGCCGACUACUGCAAAGGAGGGUACCACCCGGUGAAGAUCGGGGAUCUGUUUAACGGAAGGUACCAUGUGAUCCGCAAGCUGGGCUGGGGACACUUCUCCACCGUCUGGCUGUGCUGGGACAUCCAGGGGAAGCGCUUUGUGGCCAUGAAGGUGGUGAAGAGUGCGCAGCACUACACAGAAACAGCCCUGGAUGAGAUAAAACUUCUGAGAUGUGUUCGAGAUAGUGACCCCGCUGACCCUAACAAGGACAUGGUAGUGCAGCUUAUCGACGACUUCAAGAUCUCGGGAAUCAAUGGAAUUCAUGUGUGUAUGGUGUUUGAAGUGCUGGGACAUCAUCUACUGAAGUGGAUUAUUAAGUCGAACUACCAAGGCCUGCCGCUGCCCUGUGUCAAGAGUAUUAUCAAACAGGUUCUCGCAGGCCUGGACUACCUCCACAGCAAGUGUAAGAUCAUCCACACGGACAUUAAGCCAGAGAACAUCCUGCUCUGUGUGGACGAUGCCUUCGUACGCCGGAUGGCUGUGGAGGCCACGGAGUGGCAGAAGGCUGGCGCUCCCCCUCCCUCGGGCUCCGCAGUCAGCACAGCACCUCAGCUCAGACAGGUUGGCAAGAUCUCCAAGAACAAGAAGAAGAAGCUAAAGAAGAAGCAGAAACGGCAGGCUGAGCUGCUGGAGCGCCGCAUGCUGGAGAUCGAGGCCCUGGAGCGCGAGGCCGAGAAGCAGAGGGAGAACGACGACGAGGACCCUGACGCCGAUGCCGACGCAGACGCCGACACUGACACCAACACCGACGCCAACUCCAGCCCCAACCCCAACCCCCAUCCCCCCAAGCACCCGCACCCGCGCGGCAAUCCCAAUCCAGCCCCCGGGCCUGCCAUCGCACCGGCCGACACGGACGACGACGACGAUGACGACGACGAUGCCGACGAAGAGGAUGAGGGCGAGGGAGAGAGGGAGAGGCCUGUGCGACUCACCAACCACACCUGUGCCGCUCUCCCAGAGCGCGUGGGGAAAGACACGGUAGAGAUCCCCCCCAGCACGGAGGAGGGGGAGGUGGAGGAGCAGCCCAGAGGGAGAAAGAGUCGCAGCCCCAACAACCCCAAGUCAGAAGGGGAAACAGGGGAGCAGAAGAAACCGGAACAGGGCGAGGAGCGGAAGGAGGAGGAGGAGGAGAAGGAGGAGGAGGAGGAGGAGGAGGAUGAUGAGAAGGAGGAGAAAGAGGAGCAGAAGGAGGAGGGAGAGCAUGAAAGAGAGCAGGAGAGAGAGAAGGAGGAGGACAAUAAGGAGGAGGAGCAAAACCAAGAGCCCAAGCUGGAGAAAGAAUCCCCAAAGAAAGAGGACUGCAAAGCUCUACUUCUACCGUGUGCUGAACAGGAGAAGGAGGUGGAGGAGGAGAAGGAGUCCAGCGGACAGGAGAAAGAGGGAGGUGGUGAGGAGGAAGAUGAUGAUGAAGAUGAGGAGGACGACGACGAUGAUGACGAUGAAGAGGAGGAGGAGGAAGAUGAGGACGAUGAGGACGAAGAGGAAGAAGAGCACCACAGGAACAACACCACCACAGCUACCAGCACCACCACAGCCAUCAGCACCAACAUCCAGGACUCAUCCAAGGCCAACGGCCACGUGGUGCUGGCCGUGAAGGAGCUGGCCGUGGGCCUGGGCGUGAUGGCCCCUGUCACAACUCUGCUGUGUCCGCUGGUGGAGUCCGAGAUCAGCACCACCGACCGCGACGCCUCCGAGGCCUCCUACGAGCUCUUCAACGGCGAGAACCUCGGCCUGACCAACGGGGGGCGCCACCGCACCACCUCCCCGCGCUUCCCCGAACUGCCCCUGGACCCCCAUCCGGAGCUCUCGCAGGGGCAGCAGCAGCUGCAGCAGGCCCCCCUCACCCCCAGCGGCGACCGCAGCCGCACCGUCUCAUCCUCCAGCACCGGAGACACACCCAAAGCUAAAGUUCGAGCAGCCGAUCUGCUGGUGAAUCCGCUGGACCCGCGCAACGCAGACAUACUGAGAGUCAAGAUUGCUGACCUGGGCAACGCCUGCUGGGUGCACAAGCAUUUCACAGAGGACAUCCAGACACGGCAGUACCGCUCCAUCGAGGUGUUGAUCGGGGCUGGCUACAGCAAUCCAGCAGACAUCUGGAGCACCGCCUGCAUGGCGUUCGAG